AUGAUUGGUGCUGGUAGUUUUAACAAAGAUGGACACUCAGAAAUCCUUGUCCCAUAUGAUAGCAUCGAUUAUAUAGAUGUGCUUGUCACGUACAACAUCGGAUCCUUUGGUAAUCAUAGUAAAUAUUCAACUAGUGUAGGGCCCAGAUCUCUAGCUGCUGCUGAUCUUAAUAACGAUAACUAUCUGGAUGUAGUCGUUGCUAAUCAAGGGGACAGCACAGUAAGUGUAUUUUUCGGUUAUGGAAAUGGCUCUUUUGCAAAUGAAACAAGAUACUCGACUGGCUCUUCACCAUGGUCUGUAGCUGUUGGCGACUUUAACAUAGACAAUUAUCUGGAUAUUGUAGUCGCUAACUCUGGUGACGACACUGUAAGUCUUCUUCUCGGAUAUGGUAAUGGCUCUUUUGCGUAUCAAAUGAAAUAUUCAACUGGUCAUGGGCCAGUAUCUGUAGCUACUGGUGAUUUUAACAAGGAUAUUCGACUGGAUAUCGUCGUUGUUAAUCAAAAGGACGGCACUGUAAAUGUACUUAUUGAAUAUGGGAAUGGUUCUUUUGAAAAACCCUUGAAAUAUUCAACUGGCUCUGUACCACGUUCUGUAGCUGUUGGUGAUUUCAACAACGAUAUGUAUUUAGAUAUCGCUAUCGCUAACUUCGGUGAUGAUACUAUAAGUCUUCUUCUUGGAUAUGGUGAUGGCACCUUCUCAAAUCAAAUGACGUAUCCAACUGUCGCUUGGCCAUAUUCAUUAGCUGUUGCUGAUUUUAACAAAGACAAUAAUCUGGAUAUUGCUGUCGUUAAUAUAGCUAGCAACUCUGUAAGUGUGUUUCUCGAAUAUGGUAAUGGGUCUUUUGUAAUUAAAGCGACAUAUUCAACUGGGUCUGGAGCAAAUGCUGUAGCUGUUGAUGAUUUUAAUAACGACAAUCGACUGGACAUUGUCGUCACUAAUUGGAAUGACAAUAGUAUGAGUAUCUUUCUAGGAUAUGGCGAUGGCUUUUUUGCAAAUCAAAUAACUUAUUCAACUGGCCAUAGUCCUGUGUCUGUAGCUGUUGGCGAUUUUAAUAAUGACACGCGACUAGACAUCGUCGUGUCUAAUAUGAAUGAGAAGAGUGUUAGUGUGCAUCUUGGAUAUCCCCAUGAGGGUAUUCUAAACUACAUGAGACUUAAAACUGGGAAUGCAUCUCGACCUAAAUCAUUUGCCAUCGGGGAUUUUAACAAUGACAGUCAAAUAGAUAUUGCAAUUGUAAAUUCCGGCACUAACAACCUCGGUAUUUUUCUCAGAUAUAGCAAUGAUUCUUUCGGAAAUCAAAUGACAUAUGCAACUGAUGCUUCUCCAUGCUCAGUAGCUGUCGGUGAUUUCAACAACGACGCCAUACUUGAUAUUGUUGUCAUGAAUCUUGGCAGUGACAAUGUUGGUAUAUUUCUUGGAUGGGGUAAUGGUUCGUUUUCAAACCAAACAACGUUUACCACCGGUUUAAACUCUCAACCAAACGCAGUUGCUGUUGGUGAUUUCAAUAACGACACCUUCUUAGACAUUAUAGUCGCCAAUUAUGGCACAAACAAUAUUGGUGUGUUGCUUGGACAUGGAAAUAGUUCUUUCGCAAGUAUCAAGUUUUUUUCAAUCAGUUAUGGAUCUCUUCCAUUUUCAAUUCUCGUUGGUGAUUUAGACAAUGAUGGAAAAUUGGAUUUCGUCGUUGCCAACGAAGGUGCUGACAAUUUAAACAUUUUUUUACAGACCUGUUAA